GCCAAGAAGGAAGCAGCUAAAAGCUCGAGUGGAGGUAAAAACAAAAAAAAGAAAUGGUCAAAAGGAAAAGUCAAAGACAAAGCAAAUAAUGCUGUAAUUCUUGAUAAAGCAACCUAUGAUAAAUUAUUCAAAGAAGUUCCAACUUAUAAAUUGAUUACUCCUUCUGUAUUGGUUGAUCGACUUCGUGUUAAUGGUUCUUUAGCCAGAGUUGCUAUACGUGAAUUAGAAGAAAAAGGUUUAAUUCGCAAGAUAUCCACUCAUGGUUCACAACUCAUUUACACUCGUGCUACAGCUGCUAUUAUUGAUAAGCCUGAGGAUAAAUAA